GCGAGCUUUGUUCCAGGGAGGAAAGCUGUUGAUAAUGUUGUUGUGGUUAAGGAGACUUUGCAUUAUUUCAAGAGAAAACAGGGUCAAAUAGGGCUCAUAUUGGUGAAACUUGAUCUUGAUAAGGCGUAUGAUCGCCUUGAAUGGGAUUUUAUUCGAAAAGUUCUUUAUUUCUUUCAAUUUCCUGAUAGUUGGAUAAAUUUGAUCAUGUCAUGUGUUGCUACUUCAUCUUUAUCUAUUUUAAUGAAUGGUGAGAGGUCUGAGAAGAUUAUUCCUACUAGAGGUUUGAGACAAGGGGACCCCUUGUCGCCAUACCUUUUUAUUCUCUGCAUUGAAUAUUUGUCUAUUAUGAUUAAUAAGAGUUGUGCUGAAGGCCAUUGGAAGCAGAUUAAACUGGGAAGAAGUGGACCUCGGCUUUCACAUCUUUGCUUUGCUGAUGACAUCAUUUUAAUGGGGAGGGCAGAUUCUACUACAGCUUUAACUAUGAAGGAGGUGCUCCAAAAGUUCUGUCAGAUUUCAGGGCAAUGUAUUAACUUUGUUAAAUCAAAGAUUUUCUUCUCACGAAAUGUUGCGGAAACUAUGAAGCAAGAUAUUUGCCAAACUUUAAAUAUUAAUGCUUCUGAUUAUUUUGGCACUUAUCUUGGCUUCCCCAUGGACUCCAUGAGAAGAAGGACCACACAGUACAGAUUCAUUAUUGAAAAAAUGCAUGGCAAACUUCAAGCAUGGAAGGCAAGACACUUGUCUAUGGCUGGUCGAGCCGUUCUAGUAAAAUCUACUCUUUCUGCUAUCCCAAGCUAUUACAUGCAAGGUACAAGACUUCCUAGUAACAUUUGUAAUGAAAUUGAUCGAGUGAAUAGAGAUUUGCUUUGGGACUCUAUUGAUAAAAAGAAACUUAACUUGAUCAGUUGGAAUAGAAUUACUCUCGCUAAAGAAGGAGGGCUUGGAGUUCGUGAAGCUGGUCUAAAAAAUGAUGCUGCUAUGGCAAAGCUGACAUGGAGAUUAGUGACCGAAAGAGACAGCUUAUGGGCUCAAGUUCUGAUCAGUAGAUACUGCAAUAGCCAUGAAAGGAAAAACUGUUCCGAAACUUGGAAUAGUAUGAAAAAAGGACAAUAUGUUUUUGCUAAUGGAUUGAGGAGAAUUAUUGGUGAUGGAACUGAUACUAAAUUCUGGACUGAAGAUUGGACAGGUAUGGGACCUCUUUACACAUUGUGUCAUGGACCUCUGCUUCAAAAUGAGUAUAAUCUUACUGUUCAGGAGGUGUGUAAUAGAAGGGAAGAUUGGAUUCAAAAUUUGGGAAGUUUGGAACUUCCUAACUUUAUUAUUGAUAAAUUGAGAGCUAUGCCCAUAUUUUUCCAACAAGGAAAAAUGGACUCAAUCUGUUGGAAGCUUACACAAGAUGGCAAGUUCACUUAUGCUUCAGCUUAUAAUUUGGCCAGGAAUAUAAUGAGAGGGGAUUCUAUUGGAACUGGGUUUAAAUGGAUAUGGAGAAUUCCCACCCUCCCGAAAAUUAAGUUUUUUAUCUGGCUUUCUAUCUGGAAUGGAAUUGUUGUUUGUGAUAAUCUUGCUCAAAGAGGUAUUGAGGUUAAUACUAUUUGUGCAAGAUGUUUGCAGGGAAGGGAAACUAUUAUCCAUACUCUUUGGGAUUGUGAAAAAUCCAAAAAGAUUUGGAGUAGGUUACUUCCUGUUAGAGUAUGA